CGCGAUAUUUGGGGCUGCUCCGAGACGCGCCUGGCGCGGGUGAGGAGGCUGGGGGUACCGAGGAGGCUGGCUUCCCGUGGUGGGGCAAGCUGGAGGCUGGGGAAGCUUCGUUGGCGACUUUGACCUCUUUGUGUGACCUCAGUUGCCGUGUAUGUGGAUCCUAAAUCUUGACAGAGCUUUAUGGAGCCCAAUUCUGGCAGGCUCCCAGGACUUGAAGCCACUGGACCCCAGAUGGAACCAAGGGCCACAAGUUCAGCUGCUGCACCCUUGAGAAGAACGCUCCGUGUUCUCGUGGGAGUCACUGGGAGUGUUGCAGCCCUGAAGUUGCCUCUUCUGGUGUCAAAGCUUUUGGACAUUCCUGAUCUGGAAGUAGCCGUGGUCACAACUGAGAGAGCCAAACAUUUUUACAGCCCCCAGGAUGUUCCUGUCACCCUCUACAGCGAUGCUGAUGAAUGGGAGGUGUGGAAGUGCCGAUCCGACCCAGUUCUCCACAUUGACCUGCGGAGGUGGGCGGACCUCAUGCUGGUGGCGCCCCUCGAUGCCAACACUCUGGGGAAGGUGGCCAGUGGCAUCUGUGACAACUUGCUUACCUGUGUCAUCCGGGCCUGGGACCGCAGCAAACCCCUGCUGUUCUGCCCUGCGAUGAACACCGCCAUGUGGGAACACCCCAUCACCGAGCAGCAGGUGCGCCAGCUCAAGGCCUUCGGCUACAUCGAGGUCCCUUGUGUGGCCAAGAAGCUGGUCUGUGGAGACCAAGCUUCUCAAGUCUCCAGUCUGUCCUGCAUGUUCCAUGCAGCAGGUCUUUACUGCACUCCACGCUCACCAUGAGGCUGCCCUGCUGUCCAGCUCCUGACCCCCCAGCAUGCAGAGUCCAGGACCCCACCCAAGUACCCACAUAAACAGCGUGUCUCCACCCUCUGCCUCUGUUCUCACUAUGCUGGCCCUCCAGCCUGAGUGCCACUCCCUCCAAAAGGCAUCGCCUGGGUGCUUCUCAAUUCUGAAAACUCUCAUCUCAGUGUGACAUUUUAUCUGAACAAGUCUAUUACGGAAGCAUUGCAUAUGAUAGUAAAGGACUGGAAACACUCGCCAUGUGACAACUAAAGGCUGAUGAAUGUGGUCCAGUGGUUAAGAAUCUGCCUUGUGAUGCAGGGGACGUGGCUAUCGAUCCCUGGUCAGGGAACUGAGAUCCCACAUGCCGUGGAGCAGCUGAAGCCAGAGUGCUGCAAGUACUGAGCCCACGUGCCACAACCAGAGAGUCCAGGUCCCUCAGCAAAGAUCCUGCGUUCUGCAACUAAGACCUGACCCAGCCAAAUAAGCAAAUAUAUUUUUUAAAAGGUUGGUUAAAUAAAUCAGGGUCAUCCUUGCACUGGAACAUCACACAGCCACAGUGAGGAAGCUCUCUAGGUUUGACCAGGGAAGAUGUCUGAGAUACAUUAUUAAACAAAACGCAAGAUGGAGAAUAAUAUAUAUUGCAUGUUAGCUUGUGUAUUAAAAAAGCGAGAGAAAAUGAGUAUCUAUUUGCUAGAAUACCUAUUGAAAAACAAGAAUUCAGUCCAUUGUUUGCCUCUCAGCAGGGGAGCUGAGUGGUUGAGAAACAAAGGUAGGCAGCUGACUUCAUUUUAAGUUUUGAGCCAGAUGAAUAUAUUAUCCACCACGAAAGCCGUAAAUACAUAUGUUUUUUAAAGGGUUCCCUCUGCCCUUUAUCCAGAAGUUGUUAAAAAUGGCUUGGCAGGGAGUUGAUGCAAAAGACUUGGCAGGGGUAUCUGGAGAUUUCCAUUAAGGCCUUUGGAAUAGAAAUGGCCUGUUUUUCUUGUCAUGAGCUAAUAAUAGAGGAAGAUGACUUCUGAGUAUCCCUGGGUGCUCCUUAUAAGUUUUUGAGGUCCCUGAUCUCAAGGAGCUAACGGUCUUAGGAGAAGAAGACUCAAGGCCUUAAAACAGUUAAAACAAUCAAGUGAUGGAAAAGUGAAACUGUGUGACUUAGACUCUUAAGUGCUGUGAUUCAGAACUGAGAAGCAGCCAGGCGAUGCCUUUUGGAGGGAGUGGCACUCAGGCUGGCGCUCCCUGGAGGGCCAGUGUAGUGAGAACAGAGGCAGCGGGUGGAGACACGCUGCCACGUGCUGAUGAAGGUACCUGCGUGGGGUCCUGGACUCUGCAUGCUGGAGGUCAGGAGCUGGACAGCAGGGCAGCCUCAUGGUGAGCAUGGAGUGUGAUAAAAAUCUGCUGCAUGGAACAUGCAGGACAGACUGGAGACUUGAGAAGCUGGAGUCGGGGAGGAAGCCAGAGGCUAAGCCAGGGAAGCCAGGCUGUGCUGAAGGCCUCGGCCACACCCGUGGUUCUGGAAAGGCAGGGGAUGCAAAAGAGUUUUUUCCUUCAUGAUGUGAAGGAAAAUCAGCAAGACUAAGGUGUUAGGCUUCCCUUGUAGCUCAGUUGGUAAAGAAUCUGCCUGCAAUGCAGGAGACCUGGGUUCAGUUCCUGGGUUGAGAAGAUCCCCCGGGGAAGGAAAUGGCAACCCACUCCAGUAUUCUUGCCUGGAGAAUCCCAUGGACUGGGAAGCCUGGUAGGCUAUAGGCCAUGGGGUCGCAAGAGUCGGGCACAACGGAGCAACUAAACCACCACCACAGAAAGUGUUAAAACCACAGUCCUUGUGGCAAGUAGGGGGAAGGAGAACUUAAUGACAAUUGUGCGCGUGGUGGUACAAGACUUAUUAACGGUUCCCAGUCCCACCCACUAAAAAGAAUUUUGCUUUGGGACUUCCCUGGUGACCCAGUGGUUAAGAGUCCUCCAUCCAACACAAGGGAUGCUGGUUCGAUCCCUGAUGGAGGAACCAAGGUCUCACAUGCCGCAGGGCAACUAAGCCUGAGCACCUCAAUGAGAGAACCCACACACCGCAACCACUGAGCCCUGAGCCCGCACACUGUAGAGCCCCUGCUCUGCAAUGGGAGAAGCCAGCACGUCACAACUAGAGAAAGCCUGCUUGCCACAACGAAGACCCAGCCCCAGACCGGCUUAUCACAGUGUUUUCUCUCAGGAUUGUUCAGCCUGCCCUCAUGGUUCCUGAGCAUUUUGUGUAGAAUUUGGGGGAAAAUGGAUUGAGAUAUAGAACUGAGAAGAUGGGAGGAAAGGGGAAGGAAUCUUACUUUUUUGGGUUGGUCCCAGAGUCUCCUUUACUGUGACGAAUUCUGGUAAUGGGUAAAGGGAGAAAAAAGGAAAGCGUGGAGCAGAGACUUGGGGAACUUCAUCCUGAAGACCUCAGAGGGGCCAAGUGGAGGGAGGCCCACAGAGUCAUGCAGGUGGCCAGAAGUUGGGCUACAGUUUGGGAAUUGACUUAAUAGAGUUUCCGAACCGCUAAGAGGUGCAAGGAGGUGGGGAUGGGGAGUAAAAGGAUUUUUGAGGAAGGUUGCUGAGAAUUGUGAGUUUGACAGACUUUAAUGUUCUUCAAGAAACUCAAGUAAAGAUUGGGUAUUUAUUUAUAUUGAAGUAUAGUUGAUUUACAAUAUUGGUUUCAGGGAUACAACACA